AUGGCAGAAGACGCGGAAUUGGGUCAAAUAGGCUCUAAUGACCUCAUAUCAGCGGAUUAUAGUGGUUUAGACUCGUCUGAAAUCAGUCCAAUAUGUAACGUUAUAGAACGAGAUCAGCAUUUCUUCACGCCUCUACUCUCAACUCUUGAACUGCCCUGCUUAUCUGUAAUUAAAGCUUCACCGUCAACUGUGGGAAGCUCCACCAGCCAGAACAUCAUUCCUAUAUCCAUUAACACUGCAACUAUCAAAAGCAAAGCGACAUAUCUGCCUCAAAGACCCUCAUCCUACAAUCUGGCCUGUCUGGACCCUGAAUACAUCGAUACCUAUCCUUCCUUGUCUCAGCCUAUCUUCGAUGGAAUAAUUAGAGACCAAGACUUUAUGGGCGAAUCUGGUGAAACUUCC